AUGAAUUUAAACAAUACAACUACAAAUGAUUCAUCAAUCGAACCUACAACGAUUGCAAAUACUACUACUACUACAACAACAACAACAACAACAAUUGCUGUUAUUCCAACGGUCGUAAACAAUAACGAAUUUGACAAAAAACAAACAUUGAUGAACCGUAUAAAAAAAGAAACUGAAAAACUUUUUGAAAAAGACCAACGUUUACAUAACCACGUUAAAGAACUUGUAACUCUUGUGAAAGAAUUCAAUCGGGGACACAUACCAACAAAUAAAAUAUCCGGUAAUUAUGUAAAUAUUUACGCUAUAAACGACGUAAUGAAAUCCGUUUCUGGACAAAAUAUUAUACCUUUAGAAAUUUUAAUCGCAGGCAUGUACCAAUAUCAAACUGACGAUAAAUUAUUAAAUAGUGUAUACGGUUUAAAUAUCGAUACUCGUAAAUGGAAUAACGUCAAACCUGAUACAUUGUCGGAUAUAAAUUUUCAAUCUAACAACACGACAACUUCUGCCGAAGAAAUAACGAAACAUAUAAUAACGGAUUUUAACGACGUUAAAAAUAAACUUGACAAAUUUUCGGCUAUUGCCAGUUAUGCUAAUAAUACUUGUUCGCAAUUAUUUGGUAACAAAAAUAAUCCACCUUUGCCCAAUACUGAUUUACAUUCCCACCAAAUACAAGAAAUUUCAAAAAAACCGUCAACAAUUAAAAUCCAAACGAUGGACAAGGCUGCGGUAGAAACUUUAAAAAAUAAAAUAAAACAAUUAGAAAUGGAAAUACUUGGCUUGAAAGAGAAACACAGUAGAGAGCAAACAGAAAAGAAUGAUUUAAUAAGAGCAAUAACUGUAGAUUUAGACAAGAAUGAAAAAAAAUAUGACAAUUCUGAGCUGCAUAUGCAAGAACGUAACAGAGAGAAUUUAGAAAAGUUCGCGGAAGAACUCAAGGUGAAAAAAAAUGAAAUACAAAAAUUAAAAGAUCAAUUAUCCGAUACACGACAGAGUUUAGAUGGUUGUAACAAAAAUCGUUUAGAACAAAAACAAAUGUAUUCGGAAAAAAUUCAAGAUUUAGAAAAACAAAUAAAAGAGUUACAAAAUACAAAUUUACAGCAAACCAUAAGUGAAUUAGGUGAUAAAAUUGCAAAAAUUUAUGAAAGACCAGAAUUUAAUCAACAUAUCGAGCUUAUAGAAAAAUUGAUAAACGAACGCGAUGCUCUUCAGGAAAAAAUAAAUAACACAAACGAAUCUAUGGAUUUGGACCAAUUAGAUGUAAACGCUGUGGCACAUGAAUUGUCAACAUUCGAUUCGGACAUGUUUAAUAACAUUUCCAUGUCUUUACCACCAGUACAGCACGGUAGCCGCCGUAAAAAUGAAAAUAAAAUUUCUUUACAAAAAUUAAUAGAAGACUUAAUGAAUCAACACCAAGAAUACGAAUCUUAUACCAAACAAAUAAUAAUUAUGCUGUUAAACUAUAUUGAAACUGAUCCGAACGUUUCAAAAGUUUUUGAAGAACCUUUAAAAGCGUUAUAUAAGGCACGAGUAGCUUUGAAAAAGACUCACACCCGGAAAUUUUAUUUACACAAUUCUGACAAUUCGGAAAAUGACGAAGACGACGCCGACGUGGAUAUUGAAAGCCAACAGUCGGAAAUUUUACAAAUUGAAAACAAUACUGAUAGACAACAACAAGGAUCUAGUUUACAACCGCAACAUAUUGAACUAUCACCAACUUUAUCGUGGCCUAUUUCAGUAGAAAAUGAUACAAAUUUCAAUAUCGCAGACGUUGCAAAAACAUGGAAAUUUAAUAACGACAAUGACGAUCAACCAAUGUCAGAUGUAUCAGAUUUACCGUCCGAGUCAUCAAACGUAAACGAUAUAGCUGUGGAAACUUGUAAACGUAAAGUAGGAUCUGAUCUUUGUUUAGAUAUUUCCGAAAACGAACAAGCCAAUCAUAUACCAAAAAUGAGAUCCAUAGUUUAUAACGAAAAAAAUAAUAAAAAAAAAUCUUUAAUAACGGCUGAACAAGAAGAAAAAAAUAAAAUACUAAAAUUAUGGGAUAAUGACUAUUCAAACACGGAUUCCGAUACUAACAGUAGUUUAUCUAGUAUAUCGACAAAUCAAAGCAAUUUACAACGGCAAUCUUUUAAAAAUAUCGCAAUGCCUGCGAUAAUCGAAGAAACUAAUUUUAACGAUAUACCGGUUAAAUGUUUCACCAACUAUGAUGAUUUUCUAAAUUUUGUUAAACUUCAAACGGUUGCUCCUCCCGAAACAGAAUAUCCCCCGGUAAACAAUACAUGGCCGUUCGAGUAUAACAAUGACGCUUUGACCUAUUCGGACAUGUUUAAUAACAUUUCCAUGUCUUUACCACCAGUACAGCACGGUAGCCGCCGUAAAAAUGAAAAUAAAAUUUCUUUACAAAAAUUAAUAGAAGACUUAAUGAAUCAACACCAAGAAUACGAAUCUUAUACCAAACAAAUAAUAAUUAUGCUGUUAAACUAUAUUGAAACUGAUCCGAACGUUUCAAAAGUUUUUGAAGAACCUUUAAAAGCGUUAUAUAAGGCACGAGUAGCUUUGAAAAAGACUCACACCCGGGUAAUAGGAAAAUUAAAGUUUCUACAGGACGACGCCGACGUGGAUAUUGAAAGCCAACAGUCGGAAAUUUUACAAAUUGAAAACAAUACUGAUAGACAACAACAAGGAUCUAGUUUACAACCGCAACAUAUUGAACUAUCACCAACUUUAUCGUGGCCUAUUUCAGUAGAAAAUGAUACAAAUUUCAAUAUCGCAGACGUUGCAAAAACAUGGAAAUUUAAUAACGACAGUGAUGAUGAUGAUGAUAUAAUAACUGUUAAUAAUUCAAAUACCGAAAACGCACAAAUCGCACACCGACAGCAUAUUGAAUCUAAUUUACCGUUAAUGCCAGAAACAACAUUGUUACCAAUUUCUGAAAACAGAUUUGAAAACGCAAUUUCCUUAUUUUUAAACUCUGAUGAAAAUAUCGACGAUAACAUAAACAUACAAACGGAAUCUAAUAAUAUCAUACCGUCAACAAUUCCUUUGGAUACGGCUCUUUUGAUUCCAACCGAGCCGUCAGAUUUAAAUUUGCCAAUAUUGUCAGAUGACGAUCAACCAAUGUCAGAUGUAUCAGAUUUACCGUCCGAGUCAUCAAACGUAAACGAUAUAGCUGUGGAAACUUGUAAACGUAAAGUAGGAUCUGAUCUUUGUUUAGAUAUUUCCGAAAACGAACAAGCCAAUCAUAUACCAAAAAUGAGAUCCAUAGUUUAUAACGAAAAAAAUAAUAAAAAAAAAUCUUUAAUAACGGCUGAACAAGAAGAAAAAAAUAAAAUACUAAAAUUAUGGGAUAAUGACUAUUCAAACACGGAUUCCGAUACUAACAGUAGUUUAUCUAGUAUAUCGACAAAUCAAAGCAAUUUACAACGGCAAUCUUUUAAAAAUAUCGCAAUGCCUGCGAUAAUCGAAGAAACUAAUUUUAACGAUAUACCGGUUAAAUGUUUCACCAACUAUGAUGAUUUUCUAAAUUUUGUUAAACUUCAAACGGUUGCUCCUCCCGAAACAGAAUAUCCCCCGGUAAACAAUACAUGGCCGUUCGAGUAUAACAAUGACGCUUUGACCUGUAAUGAAAAAGAACAAUUAUGUGAUUUAACAAUGAAAGAUUAUAUAAACGAAACUAGUAAGGAAAUCACGUCACUAAAUCGGCUGGUAUCGAUUUUUAAUGUUAUAUCUCAUAGUUGGGUAUAUGAUGACAUUACAGCUUUGUUUAUACACACCAUUGCGGCUCGAAUCGCAAGACAUUUAAAGUCUCAUAUGUUACCUGAAGUAUUUACUCAAGAUCUGGAGAGAAUGAAAGUUUUGAAAAUGCAAUCAACUUCGUUUGGAAACACUAAGCUGGGUGCUAAAUUAAUACCAACUGCUUGUGAAAAAGCAUGGAAACCUUUAAGAUUCACCAUGAUAAUUACACAAGGUGACGAAAAAGGUAUGGCCGCAAAAUCUAAAUUAUUGUACUUAGGCUAUUAUAGUAGUAUGACAACAAGUUUGCUAACAGUGGCCGCAAUGUUCUACGCCAUACCAAAUGUCAAUAAAAUUAUAUCAUGCCCGGCCAUAAAUGAAUAA